AUGGAAGAAGAUUCAAAAUAUUGCGAUCUCAGACGAAUAGUGAAGUCAUUUCCCAUCUGCAGUUUAAGUUUUCGUUUCCUUUAUACGCACAAUAUUUCAACACAUCGGCAUUUUCAGUCGGAUGCUUUUAUAAGCAGAUCAAUUAAGAUGGUUACCAUAACGAUUGCCAGACAUGAAAAUUUCACAUGCUCUGCUUUCGUGGGAAUGGAUAAUAUUCUAUUGAUCACUUUGUCAUCACAUUAA